AUGAGUGAGAAUCGUGUGUUUGGUUUCGGGUGUCGAGAAGCCCCGGAUAUUUGCGACAAGUUUUUGGAAAACCAAGGAUACUACCGCAAACACACAGCAUUAGAUUCGUCCUCGCUGUUCCGCGUCGUCUCCGAACAGCAGUACAGCAUCCAGUUACACCACGAGGAAGUCCGCAAGCAAUGUGUAAACUACAUGCGCGCCAAUAGAGCGCAAUUUAAAAAGGAUAUCAAGUGGGACUUUGAAGGGUAUUUGGAAAAUAUGAGUCGGCAGAAAACGCACGGUACCCUGGUGGAACUGAAAGCCUUGGCGCAUCUUCACAAAGCCAAUGUUCGCUUGUUCGAACCGUUUGCCGAUGGAAAAUGGUUCCUGCAGAAUGAUUCGUACGAUAAUCUUUGGAGAGUGUUUAUCGGGCGUAAUAAUCAUUUCGAUUCGAUUUAUACCAUGGACCACAUUACUAAUAUGGCCGAAUGCCAGGCGAUAGUGUAUGACAUACUGUACACGAAGGUGUUGCUAAUGCCUGACGUGCAGUACGCGGUUGAGCGGAUGCUGCACGAUCCUGAAGAUCACAGGAUCACGUACGACGAAGACGAGCAGGGUAGCAAAGUCGUCACAACAGAAGAUGGCCGACAAAUGAAGCUGAGCGCGGCUAGCGAAACGGAAUGCGUGCUGAAGAAUUCGCAGCUGUGUCAUUUCCAUAACAUAACAAACUUUGAUGCGAUUCAGCAGUUCUUUGCCAUCCAUGGUUCGGCCGAGGGCUACCGUGUGUACGUUGGGCUGAACGUGCGCCAGGGUGUAAGGAAGCCGAAUCCGUUGCUGGAGGACCAAAACUUGUCCUGCGUGCGUCAGUUGCUGAACCUAGGCAUUACGCCGUUCCCGUACAAGGUGGUAGUGUAA